UGUGAGGUGUAUUCGCGCGACGUUCGUGUAGCGUUUGUCCGUGAAAUUGGCAAACAGACGUGAAAGGUUACCGGACAGGAAAGCAUUUAACGAACGUUUUUGUGAUUCAGAAGUUGUAUUAUCUUCGGAACGUGUACGCCUAGAAUGGAACUAAAGGAUCUAGGAAUCGACGAACAUCUAUUCGAGGAAGCACUUCGAAACAAGGAACCGGGCAAGUUGUUCCAAAUCUUGGAGAUUCGACCUCACAGUAUGACGGAGAAGGGAUUGAAUUUCUUCAGUGAUAUAUUCCGUGUACACAUUCAAUACACUGUCACCUCUAACGAAAAGAAGACUGAAACGAGAUCGGAAAAUUGGAUAAUUAAGAUGGAACCAUCAGAGAAAAUACCACUGCUCAUGCUACGUGAGCAGGAUAUGUUCCUAGUGGAAUUGUCAGUUCUUCGUGACUUUUUACCCAAGAUAAAGGAAUUUGUCAAGCAUCAAUUGAGUCCGAAUCUUUACUACGGCUCUUCCAAUCCUCAUAUUCUUAUCAUGGAAGAUUUGAAAGAGAGGGGGUUCAUCAUGAAAGAUCGGCAGAAAGGAUUGACAUUUGAACACUGUCGUUUAGUUAUGGAACAACUUGCGAGAUUACACGCUGGAUCUGUUGCUGUUUUCGAAAAGCAUCCAGAGAUGAUCGAGCGUUUCAAAGAUGGCGGCAUCGUGACAGACAAAUGUUCCACACUUUAUAUGCGAAUGAUGGAAGUGAGCCUACUACGAAUGGGUACCCAGAUGCGAAAAUGGCCGAACGAAAAGUGUCACAGCCCGGCGGAGAAGCUAAUUAAAUUAUCGGAAACCAUCGGAGAACGAUGCAAAGAGGUGAAUAAUUACGAUGAGGGUGAAUUUUGUGUGCUGAAUCACGGCGAUUGUUGGGUUAACAACAUGGUAUUCAAGGAGAACGAAAAAGGACAACCUACUGAUCUUCUGCUGCUGGAUUAUCAAUUUUCCGUUUACACUUCUCCGUGCAUCGACCUGUUAUACUUCUUGAACACGUGUCCUGAAUUUGGCAUAAAGUACGAUUACGACGAUCGUUUAUUGAAGAUCUAUUUAGACAAAUUGGAGGAGACAAUGACAGACAUCGGUUGCAAGAGGAAGCCACCGACGAUGAAAGAAUUAAUGGAAGCGAUUCACAAAAGAAGAGCGCACACAGUUUUAGCCGGGGUGGUGCUUUACUUCCGGAUGAUCGCAAACAAAGAGGACACCGAGUCGUUCACAACGCUGUACGAGAAGUUUGGAGGGGAGACUAAAAUGGACGUUUUCAAAAAUCCACACGCAAUGAAAAUAGCGCAAAAGAUAUUUCCAAUUAUGGACGAGAGAGGUUAUUUUGAUUUUGACUAAAACGAUUACUCGAGCAC